UUUUUUUAAGAAUCGGUUGCAACCUAAAUUUCAAUCAACUACCGUGCACACAUCGUAGCUGGCUGAUGUGGCAGCGCCCCGCCCAGGGAAAAGGGCGGUUGGCUGCCGUCCUGUUAGAAGCUAAUGGUGCUUGGUAAUAACGUUGCAGCCCAGGGAAGCUGGCAGGGAUACCAGGCCGAGGACGGUAUUUGGGCCGGGGUCCGGGUCCGCGCUCAGAGAACGCGGCCGGGUUAGAACUCCUUGGGUGGUCCCGUGCCGGCCGCCAUACUUGGGCUUAUGGGAGCUCGCAGGGGACAAAACCCUUCGCGUUUUCCCCCGUUUCCAUCCUUGCCUCAGAACCUAAGGGGCGUAAAGCUGGGUCCAAGGUACAGAGCGGGUUAGGUUAUAGUGAAGGAACUAAAAAGGACCUCCUUGGGGGGUGACGAGCGUGGACCUACCACGAGACGGUGACAAGGCGGGGGCCCAAAAAACGCUGAAAAAACGCGCCGCUUCACGUGGAAGAAAAAGGUUGGGCGAUACCAUCCAUCCUCGGAAGGGGGCCGAGGGCGAUACCAUUUUAAGAGAGGGGGCGGCAAGAACGGAGACCACUUGUCGGAGGUUGCGGGGAGUGUGGGGACCCUAAGGGGCUGGACCUGGGCCCGCAGCCCCGCUUUCGCCGGCCAUGAGCGGUGUGGUGCGGACCGAGCGGCUGCGCGGGGAGGCCCCGCUGCGGCUGCCCGGCGACCCCUUCUCCGUGGUGGUUCUGCUGCGGGGCUACGUGGAGCCGGAGGGAGUGGGCGGCGCCGUGCGCGCCGACGGCUCGGUGACCCUCAUCCUGCCCUGCGCCUCCAGCCGCCUCCAGCCGCGGCCCGAGAGCGGCGAGGCCAAGACCGCCCUGGAGGAGGCCGCCCGGGGCCCCAUCCUCGUGGACACCGGAGGCCCCUGGGCCCGGGAGAGGCUCCUGAAGGCCCUGGCGGAGCAGGGCGUGGCCCCCGCAAACGUGACUCUGGUGGUGGGAACCCACGGACACUCGGAUCACAUCGGGAACUUGGGGCUGUUCCCAGGGGCCGCCCUGUUGGUCUCGCACGACUUCUGCCUCCCCGGGGGCCGCUACCUUCCCCACGGGCUCGGGGAGGAGCGGCCCUUGCGGCUGGGGCCGGGACUCGAGGUGUGGGCCACGCCCGGCCACGGGGGCCAGCGGGACGUGAGCGUGAUGGUGGCGGGCACGGUCAUGGGCACCGUGGCAGUGGUGGGCGACGUGUUUGAGAGCGAUGGGGACGAGGACUUCUGGCAGGCCUUGAGCGAAGACCCGGUGGCCCAGGAGCGGAGCCGGAAGAGGGUCCUGGGCACUGCCGACGUGGUCGUGCCUGGUCACGGAGCGCCCUUCAGGGUGGUCAGGGAAGCCUGGAAUCCAGAGGCAAAGGAUCCUGUGGCCACAAAUGAGACCGGGAAGACACUGGACGCCUGCGAGGAAAGCCCUCCCACCCAACCCCCCAGCCAAGGAACUGCCGUCUAGAUUAAGAGAGGACCCACCCAGGCAGCCAGAGUCAGAGGAGUCAGGGUGGUCACUUCCAGCGAGGACAGAGUGCUCUGACACUGCUGUCACCAAUAUCACUAUUUUUGCAACCAAACUAGGACCAAGAACGGACCAACUGUGCCACCUCUGGGGGCUUCGUUAACAAAAGGGGAGAUUAUCCUUGGGAGAGUUGUCCCAAAUAAAAUUUGGAAACUGCAUUGAAAAUCA